CUCACGUGCAAAACUGAUUUGUAGUUUGAACACGUGGCUCAUUCAAAAAGGCAGAAGAACUUAAUUUUUUUGUUUCCCGUUCUCUCGAUGUUAUUAAGAGGCGGCGCUUGCAUAAACGUGUGUGACAAUUUAGUCGCAUUGCCAAAGAAAAAAAAACUUUCUCUAUUUUCUUCCCUGCCCUCGCCCAAAGGAGGUGACGGAAUAAAUAAUCGAGCUCGCGUAAAGCAAGAGGAAACGCGGGUGCGCGCAACCACGGCGGCGAUCUCGUCCAUCAAAUAUUUCAAUAGGCUGGAGUGAUUGGGAGAACACUCCCAGACCCUCCGCUGAGCGACAGUGCGGUUCUCUCUCCAAACACUGCCCAUCUGAGCGACGCGAUAAAGGGCUGCUCCUCUGCAACACGGUCGCUCUUUUCCGUACACAACAAAAUGAAUAAGCUAUACAUCGGGAACGUGAGCGAGCAGGCGAGCGCGCUGGACUUGGAAAGUAUCUUUGAGCAGUGGAAGAUACCGUUCAGUGCACCCUUCCUCGUAAAAAGUGGCUACGCGUUUGUGGAUUGCCCCGACGAAAAGGUAGCGAUGAGGGCCAUUGACACUCUUUCAGGGAAAGUAGAACUCCACGGAAAAGUCUUAGAAGUGGAGCACUCUGUCCCUAAACGACAAAGGAGCUGCAAGCUGCAGAUCAGGAAUAUUCCACCUCACAUGCAGUGGGAAGUUUUGGAUGGGUUGUUAGCACAGUAUGGCACAGUGGAAAGCUGUGAACAAGUCAACACCGACACAGAGACCGCUGUUGUCAAUGUGCGAUAUGGUGCCAAGGACCAAGCCAGAGAGGCAUUAGACAAAUUAAACGGCUUCCUCAUGGAGAACUACGCACUAAAGGUUUCCUAUAUCCCAGACGAGAACGCUGCAGCUGACCCUCCUGCCAUGGGCAACAGAAGAGGCUUCAACUCACGUGGGCCACCUCGCCAAGGUUCCCCAAAUCUGGGCGCGAGACCCAAACUGCAGUCAGACGUUCCUCUGCGCAUGCUGGUGCCCACACAAUUUGUGGGAGCUAUUAUUGGCAAGGAAGGUGCCACCAUCCGCAACAUUACCAAACAAACACACUCAAAGAUUGAUAUUCACCGCAAGGAGAACGCGGGAGCGGCGGAGAAGCCCAUCACCGUUCACUCCACGCCAGAGGGCUGCAGCUCUGCCUGCCGCAGCAUCAUGGAGAUCAUGCAGAAAGAGGCGAUCGACACUAAGAUGUGCGAGGACACGCAAGCACUCACUGAAGAAAUUCCCCUGAAGAUCUUGGCUCAUAAUAACUUUGUGGGUCGUCUGAUUGGGAAAGAAGGCCGCAACUUGAAGAAAAUCGAGCAGGAUACUGACACAAAGAUCACAAUUUCACCUUUGCAGGAUCUGACCCUUUAUAACCCAGAGCGAACCAUUACGGUUAAGGGCACGCUAGAGGCUUGUGCGAAGGCAGAGGAGGAAAUCAUGAAGAAAAUCCGCGAGUCCUACGAGAACGAUGUCGCUGCCAUGCAUCUACAAUCUAACUUGAUUCCUGGGCUAAAUCUGAACGCGUUGGGAAUUUUCCCCGGCGCAGCAGGCGGAGGGAUGUCAUCACCUGUAGUUUCAGGACCUCCAGCUGGAGCUCAGGCUGGCUAUCAGUCAUUUGGGUGCAGCGUGUUUGGGGGUGAGGUGCCGUUUUGGGCCUCUACUCUCUCCACCAGCAGCAGUCCAACCUUGUCUGGACAGGUGGAGUCAGAAACGGUGCAUCUCUUUAUUCCUGCAUUGGCAGUUGGUGCUAUUAUCGGCAAACAAGGCCAGCACAUCAAACAGCUCAGCCGCUUUGCUGGAGCGUCAAUCAAAAUUGCCCCGGCUGAUGGAGUCGAAGCCAAACAAAGAAUGGUCAUUAUUACUGGACCACCAGAGGCACAGUUCAAGGCUCAGGGACGAAUCUUUGGGAAGUUAAAGGAAGAGAACUUCUUCGGACCGAAGGAAGAGGUUAAAUUAGAGGCUCACAUAAAAGUGCCAUCGUUCGCUGCUGGCAGAGUAAUUGGCAAAGGUGGCAAAACGGUUAAUGAACUACAGAACUUGACCAGUGCUGAGGUGGUUGUUCCACGGGACCAGACGCCUGAUGAAGACGACCAAGUUGUGGUAAAAAUCACAGGACACUUCUAUGCAAGCCAGCUGGCCCAGCGAAAGAUCCAGGAGAUUAUCUCUCAGGUGAGGCGGCAGCAGCAGCCCAAGCCCUCGGCCACAGGUCCACCAGUCGCCCGGAGGAAAUAGAGCCACUACGUUUUCUUUCGGAGACGAACUGGAUGUGGGACACGCCCAUCUCAAGGGUCAGGGAAUGUCCUUCCAACCCCGCCCACUUUUACACCAUUCCUCAUAAAGGUUCAGUGUUACACCUGCACACUUUUCCCCCUCCCAAUCGAAAUUCAUUGGAAACCUUGCCACCCUACCAGUGGCUGUGCAGUCCCUAAUUGACAGUUUUUGUUGUUGUUUUUUUAAACUGGUGCAUUUGAGUUUUUGGUGCAAAUGUUAUUUAAUGAAGGAAUGGACUGAAUGGGCGGGGUUUAAGGUCUUUGGCUUGAGAUGGGUAAGGAUUAAUGUUUGAGUAUGUGGUCCUGGUAUCCAUAGUGGCUUUUUAUAAAUUCUGAUGCAUUUUAUAGAUAGAUUAUAUAUAUAAAUACAUAUAUGAAAUUAUGAAAGAAGGUGGAACAACACUGCCACUUAUAACUGAGGGAAGUGUUGAUUGGUGUUGGCCAGAAAUAAAAGUUAAUAUGCAUUUUUACUGAUCUACCUCAGGAUAGAGUACCUCAGAGAAAAAAGAAAAUGAUAUAUGAAAAAAAUGUUCUGUUCCUUUUUUAUUUUGCUUUGUGGUAUUUUGUAUACUUUAUAAAGCUAAUAGUUCUUGAACAUUUUUAUUUUUUUAAGAAAAUGUAAAAUUUUGUCUGUAGUUAACGAACAAAUCCUGAACUCCGCCUUUAGAGCGCACGUCGAAUAAAUAUCGUUUUACCGCAUACAUGCCGGCUAAGAGCGGAGUUCAGGAUGUUUUUUGCUAGCUACAGAUAGGAGAACGAAAAGAAAAGCGCCUCAGUGUCGCUGAAGAGCCACCACCCUCUGAACACCGUCAAAGUAAUGAGAAUUACAACACCGGUCGUACAUACCGCAAAAAUACCGUUUAGAAAACAUUUUUGGCGGGAGCACAAGUUUCACUUGCAUUUCAUUACAUUUCAGUUAGGGUUGGAUGCAAGCAAUAGAGGUCGGGGAUAACCAAGGUCCCGCUGUAAGCUCUUUGACACCCAUCAUCCUUUGUGCGACUAGUUGUCUGUCAUAGUUAAAAAAGUAACGGUCAUCCCGAUUGAGGUUAGUUUUUCUUUUUCCCUUUUCCAAGUAAUGCGCUCCGUUUGACCUUUGGGACAAGCUCCCACACUGGGUUGCAUAAAACCAAGCUUUACAUGUCGAAAAUUUUCAGUGUUGAACAUCAAUAAAUGCAUGUCAGGGGUCGGGGAUUUACACUUUUUGCGUUUCUAGCUUUAGGUUGCAAUAGUUAAGGGCGCGUCUCUAGGCUAACAAGCAGUAACGUAGAUGGACGCGCAAACGGUUUCAUUUAUACCUUUUUCGUUUGUCAUUCAAAGUGGAAAAAUACAAAAAAAUCUAUUAUAUAAUGAACAUUAGCAAGGAAAAAAUUAGUAAAGAAACUGAAAAAACAAUAUUCCUAUGUUUUCAUGCAGAAUGUAAAUAUGAUUUGAUUGUGGUAAAGUUGAGUGCAUCCAAGCUUCCACACUAGUAAGACCGCUGUCUACCUCAGCUGAGGCAAAGGUGGGUGGGAGGAAAACCUUGCACCUCACCUUAAACCUCCAGCGCGCGCAGCGAUACCUCAAGUCCCUCGCGAACACUUCCACACUGGGUAUGCGCGUUGCGCCUUAGCGCUGACCGGAGGGGCACAAGUGAUCGUUUUAUUUUUCUUUCCAACUUCCCUUACACACGUUUUUGAUCUACCUCUUAUUAGAAAAGUAUUUAAAUUAGAGGCAUAUUGCUAUGUGUUAGAAUCUAUAGGGUCAUGUUUCAGCUGGCCCUUUCCUUACAGAAAAAUCUCUUUUGAAAAUCAUGUUUGAUUAGACUUUAAAAAUGAGUGAGAAAAUGUAUUUCAUUUUUGCCUGCAAUUUAUUCUCUGCUAACUGAUUUGAAACCUCACCUUUAUCGCUGCUUCUUUCUGCUUCUUGGAUUGGUGGUAUGAGUUUGUUGUAUUGGACUUGAUUUCUUGCAUUGGUAUUGUAUUAAAGGUCAAAAUGUUUAAUUUCAGAUCUGAUUAAUGGCUAGAAAGAGUUUGUUGUCAAGGGGCUGCUUUGUUUCUUGCUUAUGAAAAAUGAACAAUGAAGUCUUUAUUUUUUACACUUUUUAUGUCUUAUGGAUGCUACAGUUUUCUUUCUGAUUUUCUUUUCUUUUUUUGACUGGGAUCUAAUCCAAUUUCAUUUCAUGGCUGCGUAGUGUUGUGAGUCAUGUUUCAGUGGGAAUGUGAUGUGGAAUUCUGGGAAACGGAGUUGUUCCGGAAAAGUGGUUCGAUUUCAGCAUGAUAAGCAACAUCCCCUCCGACCGUGCUUGUACGCCCUCACACACCUCCACUUGUCAAAUGCCUCUGAUACAAAGAAAAUAAUUAAAAGUCAAGUUGGCUCCUAGC